AUGCCGCGCGUCGCCCCCUCUCCCUCUCCCUCCUCCUCAGCCGCCGCCGCCGCCGCCGCAGCAGCAGCAGCCCAGCAACAACAACAACAUCCACAUCCGAACGGCAUGGGAGGCAUGAGCCAGACGCAACCGGGACCACCGAACGGCGGGGGGAUACCGAUGGUGAACGGGCAGCCGAGCAGCGGACACCAGAGCGAUCUGAAUUUCCUGUGGGGCGUGGUGCAGCAGCUGAGCCAGGUGUUGGAGGAGAACCGGGCGCAGAUGGGCGGGAUCGUGAAUGGGGUGGCGGCGAUUCAGGCGCGGGCCGUGGAGGAGGGCGGGUUGGGAGGGUUCGGGGUGGGGGGGAGUGGGAUGGCGAAUGGGGAUGGGAAUGCACCACCACCACCACCCACCCUCGCCUCUCUAACAACCCAACUCACAACCACGCAAUCGCACCUCUCCUCCCUCCAAUCCCACACGAACGAACUCACACAACUCAUCACCGACUACGAAAACGCACUCACCCUCCUCCUCGACAAGCUCCGCCCCUACGCCUACACCCACACGCAAUCCCUCCUCGCGCUGCACAAGCACUACCAGGAUUUGCUCGAGAAGGAGCGCGCCGCCACCAUGCAGGUCCGCCUCGAGCAUGCAGAGUGGCAGGCGGGAUUGGGGCGGGUGGCCGAGUACGCUAGGGCGGCGCUGAAGAGCCAGGCCGAGGCGGAUCUGCCGUUGAGGAGGGAGGUAAAGGCGCUGAGGGAGGAGAAUAGGGUGUUGCGGCGGUUGGCCGGGUGGGAGGAGCGGAGGGACGAGAGUAGCGACGAGGAGGCCGAGGAGAGGAAGACGUAG